GUGGUUGGAGUGGGGCUAACAAUUGAGCCUGCCGCGCACAAUCAAUGGCCGCGCUCGAGUCCAACAAGAAGCUGCGCCUCCUUCUCGUGCCCUUCUUCGCCACCAGUCACAUAGGCCCGUUCACCGACUUCGCCGUCCGUCUAGCCACAGCCAACCCGGACGCCGUCGAGCUCACUCUCGCCGUCACCCCGGCGAACGUCCACGUGGUUCGCUCGGCCCUCGGGCGGUACGGCGCCGAGGCGGGCGGCGUGGUCAAGAUUGCCACCUACCCGUUCCCGCGCGUGGACGGCCUCGCUCCGGGCGUGGAGAACCUCUCGGCCGCCGGGGACGACGGGUGGCGCAUUGAUGCCGUCGCCGUCGACGAGGCCUCGACGCGACCGGCGCAGGAGGCGCUCAUCAGGGAACAGUCCCCUGACGCCGUCAUCACCGACGUCCACUUCAUCUGGAACAACGCCGUGGCCGGCGAGCUCGGCGUGCCGUGCGUUACGUUCAGCGUCGUUGGCAUCUUCUCGACGCUCGUCAUGUACCACCUCGGCCGUGACGUCGUCAUCAGAGAUGGCCAGGAGGUGACCGUCCCUGGGUUGCCGCUUGCCGGGGCCGGAGAUACGGAUCCCCGUAUCCGAGUUGCCGGAGUUCCUGAGACGCCGGCAGGAGCACGACGGGGUCAGGCGGUGCCAUGUGGAGAUGGGCAGGUGCUUCGGCGUCACCCUCAACUCGUUCGUGGAUCUGGAGCAGCCAUACUGCGACAUGUGCGUGAGCAGCGGAUACCUGAAGCGCGCCUACUUCGUCGGGCCCCUCUCGCUGCCGUUACCACCGGCCGGAGCAAGCACCAGAGAUUCGCCAUGCCUCGCGUGGCUCGACACCAAGCCGAGGUUUUCAGUGGUGUACGUAUGCUUCGGCACCUUCGCUGCCAUCUCGGAGGACCAGCUCCGGGAACUGGCGCUUGGGCUAGAAGCUUCAAAGAAGCCAUUCCUGUGGGUGGUGAGGGCGGACGGAUGGACGCCGCCGGAGGGGUGGGAGGAGCGCGUCGGAGAGAGGGGGAUGCUAGUGAGAGGGUGGGCGCCGCAGACGGCGAUACUGUCCCAUCCAGCGGUUGGCGCGUUCCUGACGCACUGCGGGUCGAGCUCGCUGCUGGAGGCGGCGGCGGCCGGCGUGCCGAUGCUGACGUGGCCGCUGGUGUUCGACCAGUUCAUCGAGGAGAGACUGGUGACGGAGGUCCUCAAGAUCGGGGAGAGGGUGUGGAGCGGGACACGGAGCACGAGAUACGAGGAGCAAAAGGUCGUGGCAUGGCAGCAGAGGUAGUGGCGCGAGCGGUGGCAAGGUUCUUGGAGCCGGGUGGCACCGGCGAGGCGGCGAGGAGCAAGGCGGGGGUGCUCGCUGCGAAGGCGCGCUCGGCUGUGGCGGAGGGUGGCUCGUCAUUCUGUGAUCUGCGCCGUCUCGUCAAUGACCUGAUCGAAGCAAGAACGGCUGCCGGAACCAACGCCUGAGUUACAAAAAUCACGACAAGGCUCUCCACUCGCUUUCCUGCAGAGCAUCAGGGCGAAAUGUCAGUGGCAGAGUCAAUAUGCAGAGGAUCCACUCCGGUUCAAAUGGGAUUUUUUUCUCAUAAAUAAAUGUAAGUAAAGUUAAUCGACAAAAAUCGCUGGAAUUCUAAAGUGAGACUUCGACAAAAACCGCUAUGCACUCAAGAUUCUCGAUGUAAUCGAUGUACAAUAAAAUUAUUAAUCGAUGUAGGACUAAAUAUUACCCUUGUGUUGUAACCAGAGCAACAAAAAAUAUUUGUUAUUUUUGUACCCAAGUUUAAAUUAAGGCCAUGAUCAGUGGCGGAGCUCCGU